UAUAGGCUAUACCAGAUCUCAUAAAACACAAAUUAUCUCAAAAUUUUACGUGUUUGAGUUUCAGUAUUUCGAAAUAUGGACAAAACUUUGGAGGAGUUCAUCAUAUUGACCCCGCUGACAUGUGUGGAGCAGUGCAAUGCUCUAAUGGAGGCCACAGCAACAAAACCCAAGACCGGCUACGUAUUUGUCUCGCUCUUUGGCGCGUACUGUGGGCUGUUGGCCUAUCGGGCAUAUCGCAGCUAUGUCGCCAACAUUGGGACAUCGCCGGAGCCAGCGCCGGGGCCUUUGGAUGCGAUACCAGCUUUGCCAGCGGCUCUCGUCUCCGAGUUGACAGAUAUCCCAACUCAGCUGAUGUUCGAGUCCAUUAACCUUGCCGAGAACAGCUGGUGCUUUUACAGUGAGCUGACUACACCCAGCAUGGACCAUCUCGUAAGGACCACUCAGACACUGGAUGAUGAAGAGGUCAACGCCUCAACAUCGACAUCGGUGCCAAAGCUUAAGGCAGUGCCACAUCAUCUUGGAGAGGAGAACUGAGCAAGGAAACGCACCGAAUUUUCUGUCCUGUCCUAUUUUGACCACCUGGUUGAACGGCAAGACCUCGACGCCCUCCUUGAAGCCAGUGGUUUCCGUUUU